CUCCAGUCUUCAAGACUCAGUCCCUCUUUCACAAUGCACUUCACUCAAGUCCUCGCUCUCGCCUCCAGCGCCGCUCUGGUUGCGGCAGCCCCAGCCCCCAUCACAGUCAGUGUUGACGAUGUCAUCCUCUAUGGCAAGAAUGGUCGCUUCACAAUGAUGAAGCGCGACGAGCUCGAGGAGCUCAAGAAGCUCCGCGAGUCCGGCAUCGCCCCCCCUAAGCCCGGCUACCUUGACGAAACUCUUGUCACUCUUCCGGUCAAUGAGACCGACAAGCCUGAAGGCACCCUCCAGAAGCGUGCUACUAGCCUCAUCAUCCCCAACCCUCACUCUCGCUUCUUGGGCUGGGACGUCCAGACCAGCCAGGUCGUUAAGGGUGCACCAACAACCAUCUCCAUCUCCACCGGCUACUCGAUCACAAACUCCAUCUCCGUCAGCCAAGGCGCCUCUUUCACACUUGUCAAGGAUUUCCUUUCCGCAAGCUUAUCGAUCAACUACAGCACCUCAUGGCAGACAUCUCAAACGCAGCUGUUCAGCGCUGCGGUGCCAGAGGGCAAGUACGGUGCCUUUGUGACCAACGCAUGGACGAACCGCGAGAGCGGUAACGUCUGGGAGGGGACAAUCGGUGGUGAAGGCAGCUUGACGUACUACCAGGCGGACUCAUUUGAGAGCAAGAGCUAUGGAGAUAUGAGCUGGGUCGAUGGUGUCAUUUCGCUUUGCACGGGCGAUACUUUCCCGCUGAAGAGGUGUGUUGGUGAUGAAUGGGAAACAUUACAAACAAGAAGUUAUCGCUCCAUGCAGGCGACGCCAGGAGCCAAUGGUCUUGAACAGUCGCGAUUAAGAGGAACACCAGCAUUACUUCUUCUUGCACUCUUAUGCAUGAAGCACUAA